AUGCCUCCCAAGAAGCCGAAACAAAGUACAGCUACACCCGAAUCUCUGUCUCCAAAUUGGCCCCCCUUCAAACCUCUCAUGCCACCUUCGAAUUUAUCGCUCGAAACUAUCGUUCCUGGUCAGAUCAUUACAAUACCAAACUUCUGGACAUCUGCUUUGUGUAAAAAUUAUGUUUCAUUCUUGAAAGGGUUGCCUUUAACCACAACACCUGGAAAGCCUAAAAAGGGUGAUGCAUUGAGAGUCAAUGAUAGAUUUCGAGUUGAUGAUUGGAACUUUGCCGAACGGCUUUGGAGAGAGACAGGACUGAAGGAGCUUCUAUGUGGUGAAAUUGAGAGGGAAUAUGAAGAAGAGGGCGAUAAGAUGAGCGAAGAAGAACGAAGAGAGUUAUGGGGAGGAGAUGUUGUAGGUCUGAAUCCCGCCAUUCGGAUAUAUAGAUAUUCUAAGGGGCAGUUCUUCGAUUGCCAUUAUGAUGAAUCAAAUCUUAUCACGCUUCCAACAAAGCCUGCGUCUACUCCCGCAAAGACAACCUGGACACUAUUAUUAUACCUCACGUCUCCAGCAACAGGUUGUCUAGGAGGAGAAACAGUCUUUUACCCCGAGGACCUUCCUAACAAGAAGUCUCCUAUCGACAAACCUGUUGUCAUAAACCUCGAGACUGGAAUGGUAUUAUUGCACAAGCAUGGAGAUGAUUGUAUGUUGCAUGAGGGAAGAGAAGUUACGGAGGGUGAGAAGUGGAUUAUAAGGACUGAUGUCUGUAUAAAACGUGUGACUAAGUCAACCUUCUGA